UUCGACUAGCAGCAGAAGGCAAGGCAGAAGUACAGUUAGUAGAAAUUGAACAGUAAAGUUUUCUACUGAUUAAUUAAGUUAAUUACUGGUGCAGUUAAUCAGUUUAAUCCUGAAUUUUUUCUAUUUGGUUAUUGCAGCCUCAUGUGUGCAUUAGCGAAUCUACACAGUUAGGGCCUAUUAAAAAUAUUUGGUUUAGGCCUAAGUUAGUUAAUUAUCUUGAAGAAUUAACUUAGAAAUAAUUAACUAUUAGGCUAACUUACUGUGUGUAUUAGGGCAGUCUCUCGUCUGGACUUUAACAUUCUUAUUAUUAUCUAAUAGUGUUAACAUGACACUAGCUCCUUGAUACAAAUGUGCAAGUACCAUAAAAAACAAAGCAAAAUGUCUUCAUCUUCAUGUGAUUCCAAAAACGUUAUUGAAUGGUCCACUGAGGCUGUUGCUGAUUGGUUAAAAGAGAAGGGUCACUCUAAGUAUGUUGAUCUUCUCUGCAACCAACAUAGUAUUGAUGGAAAAGCUCUUCUACUUCUGAAUGAACACGAUUUGCGAACUUCUCCACUGAGCAUUCAGAUUUUGGGAGAUGUUAAAAGGCUCGGGCUUGACAUCCGUCAGUUGAAGAUGGAGAAUCGUCAAACUCUGGUUGAGUUAGGUUACGACCCCACCACUUUGCUGUAUAUACCUAAUGCUCUCGUCAACAGUGCUGGCCUACCCACUAAAGCCGAGCUGGACUAUUACUACUCCAUGCGUCAACACAGUUUAGAGGCCUACACGACAGAAGACUCGUACCUCUUGCCUCAUUCGUCACCUUCAUCAGAGGAUGGGACUGUUACUGCCUUGCGGCCUGAGAUAUGGAAGCAGCUGGAAGAGAAAUUCUAUCGCCACUAUCGUAGUAACCAUAUCAAGGCCCUGAUCGCCCUAGCCUACCUGUUUGUGGUAACGUGGAUCACAGCGUUUGUGAUGGUGAUUGUACACGACCGAGUGCCAGACAUGAAGAAGUACCCGCCACUGCCCGACAUCUUCCUAGACAAUGUUCCACACAUACCAUGGGCCUUUCACAUGUGUGAGUGGACUGGAACACUGCUGCUACUCAUCUGGCUGGCUGUCCUGGCCUUCCACAAGUAUAGGUUUAUACUGCUGAGAAGGUUCUUCGCAUUGUCAGGAACUGUGUUUCUGCUCAGAUGUAUCACGAUGUUGAUUACUUCUUUGUCAGUUCCUGGCACACAUCUCGACUGUACUCCACGUAACUCCACUUCUAAUGAGCCCCUGCUUCUGGACUUGUUAGACAAGAUGAAGCAGGCGUACAUCAUCUGGAAGGGAGCUGGCAUGUCUAUACAGGGGGUGCGGACGUGUGGGGACUACAUGUUCAGUGGCCACACUGUCGCUCUCACCAUGCUCAACUUCUUCAUCACAGAAUAUACUCCAAGAGAUAUUUACAUUCUGCACUUGUUCACGUGGAUGUUGAACUGUUUCGGGAUCUUCUUCAUCUUGUCAGGACAUGAGCACUACUCUAUCGACGUGUUCAUCGCCUUCUACAUCACGUCGAGGCUGUUCCUGUACUACCACACGUUGGCCAACAACCAGUCCCUGAUGCAGAGAGAUACCGGUCGAACCAGGAUAUGGUUCCCGUUGUUCAGUUUCUUUGAGUCUGACGUUGACGGGAUUGUUCCCAACGAGUACGAGUCACCCCUGGUGGUGAUCAAACAGCUGUUUCGGCUGGCCAAGCAGAUGUACAAGAAGUCUGUGCUGCUCUUCCACGCACACUUCUCCAACGUUCUCACGGAAACCAGGAUCAACCUAGACCAGAGCGCCGCCGCGUCUAUACGGAAAAACAAACGAAAGACACAGUGACCACCGCAGAUGCUUCUGUUUGUUUUGUAGAUAUCGUAACGUUAACCGAGUUUUCCAGAUUUAUAUCGCUGUUACACUGUUGAUAUGUAAAGUUGCUGUACAGCCUAUCGACGUUGGCAAGACGCACGAUUUGCAUAUUUUUUACGUUACUCCUUUAUCGAACACUCGUUUAGUUCCUAUGUACAUUAGAUCUUUUUAUCAGGCAUUUAUAUGUAUCGGAUAUUUAUUAGCAUAUCAUUAGAGUUAGCUUUAAUAUAUCUAGAGGUGAUAUAAUUGUAAGUAUUAUAGGUCUGUUUUUGACAAUAACAUUUCAGUCACUGCGCUGCUUUAACUUUCAAGACGUCUUCACGUAAGGAUGUUCGCAUUCCAUUGCAUUCGUCUUGACAAUUUAUUUAAGAGGUGUAAAUUGUGCAUAUGAAUCCAUUUUUGUACUUCUCUAGAGGUUUUUUUCUGUUUUUGAUUGUACUACUCUAUUUUACGUUUGUACUUAACUUUCGCUUGAUUUGGUGUUUAUUAUGUUGCUUUAAUAAAGAUUGUACUUUGUUACUACACAUUUUUGUGUUGUACUGAAUUUAUGUAAACAUUUUCAUAGUUAAAUUAGUUUACCUUAUAUUUUCCUGUAAUCACAAAAAGCAAUAUGAUUUAAUCUUCCUAGUUUGUAAAAUUGUAGAGUAGUUAAUAUUUCUACUCCAUGGUUGUCUUCUCCUCUCAAUGAAGAUGUUCUAAGGCCUAAUUGUUAGGUUUGUGCUCAAAUCAGUACUGUAAUUCAAGUAAUGCAUUACUUAUUUAACAGUAGUGCAGCGAUUCUGUUACUAUCAAAUCUGUGAGGUUUAGUAAAUGGGUGCAUAGACGAGAAAUUAUGACUGAUGUGAAACACCAAUAGUAGAUUGUUGUUGCUAGUCGUAAUCGGUAAAAAUUCUCAGUUUCUUCCGAACAUUUGUUUUAAAAUUUUUAAGUUAAUCUACCUUAGCCUAACUAUUCCCCUAGAAACCAAUUUUAGCAUGAAUUACAGUUUAUUUUGGAAAACUACUCCAAUUAUAUGAAAAUAUAGGUGAAUAAAAGCUAAUCAAACAUUAAAAGGUAUCUUUAAAUUGAUUUUUUUGUUCGUAGCCCAACAGUGAUAUCUCUCAAGCUAGAUAAAUAAUAAACUGUUAGAUGUGACAAUUUUCCUACAUCAUGACUUUUUCCUCACUAUUGGUUUUUCAUCAGUUAAUGAUAGGUAGCUUUAACUGAUCUUUAGUAUGACUUAUCAUUUUUGAACAUAUUUCCAACUGGUUUUCCCUUUGAACUUGUUUUGUCCCACAUUAUGGUACAUUUGAAAUGUAAAUGACUUAAGGAAUGUCUAUGUUUUCUUGCUGAUUUACCUUUUGAUUCACAACUGUCAGAUGGUGUUGAUUAUGAAAUCAAGGGAACAAAAUGUGAAGGUAAUUGUAAUUGCUUAGCUAUUGUCAAUAUUGAAAGUUUAUCAUGGCACAAUAGAUGUGAAAUCUUAGUCAAACUUUUGUCUACUAAUUGAAAACUUAGAUGUAAGAGUUUUUCAAAGCCUUUUUGAGGGCUGUCGCCUUAAAAACUCUAAAUAAAUAUUUCUCUAAUUACUGUAGUGCUAUAAUUUGGCCACCCGCUUUUUAGGUAAAAUUCAUAAAUUUAUUUUUUACAUUUUCAAACAUGCAAAUUGUUUCUAACAAAUUUAUUUGUGCUUAGUAAAAUUUGUCUUCCUGUUACACUCAUAAUCAAAAUUAAACGCAAAAUCUUCCAUUUUUAUUUUGUUCUCGUCCAGUUUUUACAAAUUUAAAAUGUUUCAAAAUAUUAUCAAAUUGUAUAAAAAGUUUUGUUUUGUACUUAAUUAACCAUAGCCUUCCAUUUUAAUAAUGUGCAUAUCUUGUUUAAUAUUUCAACCAUGCAUGUUUCGCUAAUACAAUAUUUUGUAACAUUUUUGUAGCAGCAGUCUUGUUCAUUGUAGAUAUGUUAAUAGCAAAUUUGAUAACCAAAGACAUUCUUCUAGGAUAUUAUAUUUUGCAAAGUUGUUAUUUAUACGGUUUUUGUUAAGAAUUGUUCGAGCACAUAAUGUGAAACAUUUAAAAAUAUUUUUAAGCUAAAGCUGAAUAUAGCAAAAACGUUGAAUCGAUAUGUGAUUUAGUUUAAUGUAUAUUUAAAUGGAAUUUAGAACAGCUAUUUACCAUGCAGCUUUAAAAGUUGAAUUUAAUUAUAAGCUCACUUGUCUAUUGUUGUUUUGCUAGCCUAUGAAGUGGUGCUAAUAUAUGUAAAAUCUUGUUGUGAUCUGUUGAGUUUUGGUAAAGACACGUGUUAUUUUGUGCUAGACGGAUUGUAAAUAUUGUUCUGAAUCCAUUGUUGAAUUUGUUUUGUUUUGCCUGAAACCAAAUCAAAAAUGUUUAUGGCAAUUUUUUUAAUGAAUGUAAUCUCUAAUCAAUAACAUAGUUAAUUGUAAAUAUGAGUUUUAUACUUUGUUUACGACAUAUAUGGAAGCAGUUAGUUGUUAAACCUUUAAUAAAUGUUGCUUUAUUAUAGUAUGAACAGCACAAUGUAUGGAGUAAGCAAUCAAUUCUAAAACAUUUGAAAAAAAUAUUUAUUAGAGAUAUACAAUGAUAAAAUGUUUAGUAUACAUUUUUACUGUUAAAUCUAAAACAGUGUGCUUUAUGUUCUUCCAUUUAAAUUUUAUGAGCAUUUAUUUAGUUCUCGAUAAAUGGUUCUUUCCAAAAAAAAAUAUCAAAGAAUUUGGUGUUUUAAACGGUUAUUUUAAAAAUCAAAACUAUGUUCAGUAUU